CCAUUUCCUUAUCUUGGUAUUCCUCCUUUUCUUCUAUACCAUACCCAUCUUCUCGAUUUUUCAGGAGAUCCGAUUUUUGUUGGUUUCGCAGUUUCUCUGCUUCUUCUUCUUCGCGGGUCAUGUGGUGUUUCUGCUAUAGCUUUGCAAAUCCAGCAAGGGAUUAAUCCCAUGGAGUGGUUAUACCAGACUCUUGCAGACCCUCUCUUUCUUAAUGAACUGGAUAUAGAUGUCUUGACUGCCGAAUCCUUAUCCUGCAAAGAACUCGAUUCUAUUGAUUCACUGUCCAUUUGGCCCUCCUACCAGAAUGUGCCCUUGGUCGAAGAGCGCUCGAGUUCUUUUCAUGCUGGACAGUACAUUCAAGGUCUAGCUGCCCAUGGAGUUCAUUAUUUACAUCAGCCAGGGCCAUCACUUCAGGAUAUUGGAUACUUUCUUCUUCCAGAGUUCGGGCAAGAUAAAGCCUACAUCAGUGAGACAGUGUUCUCCUUUGUUUUUUUAUCAUUUGUCUCGAUACCCAGAUGUCCAAACUUGUUGCUACUCAAGAAUUCAUUGCUUCUAGCUUUGUCACCUUCAAAACCAACCAUUACAAUUGCUGCUGCCCUCGUUGCUUCGUUUCAUUCUACGCCUGUUACCUGUGAAAAAUGGAAGAGCAAAUGGAAUUUUGAUGAAAGAAGUAAACAACAAACAACUAAGAACUACAUAAAAUAUACAGUACAUCAAAAGCGUGCUGACACAAAGACAGCUCUAAAACAUCUUCUCCAUAAUAACGGUUGCUCAAAGGUUUCAUUCCAGGAUGAAGUUCCAAAAUGGAAAUUUGAGGGGACAGAAGGCCAGGAUUCAGAUGGUUCUGAUAAGAAGCGGCGGUUAAGGUUUUCUGGACAACAUGUUCAGAAAUCUAACCACAAAAAAUUUAAAAGAAAGUUAAAAAGAGAGAGUUUCUCUGAGGAAUUUGAUCAUCCUGAGAGAAUCUUCCAAGCUAAAUUUGGGAACAAAUGGUAUACUUGGUCUUCUGGGGAAGGUCAUUCUUUCAAGAAUCCAGAAUCUGGAUUUGAGUGGCGAGAAAAAUCAGGCUGGACAAAUCAAAGAACGAGAGGGUGGGAGGGUGCUAGUGAUGCCGAGUCUGAUGAGGAUGAUGAGCCAUAUUCUGUAGGAUCAUGUUCUGAUAGAGAAAUCCUUGGUUUGCCUCGAACAGGCCCCUUAAAGAUUGAAGAUGUUAAGAACGCCUUCCGCAUAUCAGCUUUGAAGUGGCAUCCUGAUAAGCAUCAAGGUCCUUUGCAGGAGAUGGGCGAAGAGAAAUUUAAGCAGUGCGUGGAUGCGUACAAAUCACUAUGCCAUGCUCUAUCCUAAGUCAUGAGGUUGGUGGUGUUCUCUGAUGCCGAGUGGUCUCAGAGAAGGAUAGGCUAAGAAGAGGUUCAUGAUUAAUUUAUUUCUUCUUCAGAGAAGGAUAGGCUAAGAAGAGGUGUAUAUCUUAAUUUGUACUUUUUUAUGUU